GACGCCGGCAGUACUUCACUUGGUCUACCCUCCUUCAACCAAACAAAUAUUUUCUGUUCGUCUUGCCAUACGGAGUACUCUGUACCCCCGGUACUAGGCGGCUCUUUUUGCAUCCCAUCUCCCUGCCUCCUUUGCACUACAGACUGUGCAUACGUUCGGCGUGAACACAUCUCGCGCUUCACCCGCUGCUACUUUACGACCAUCUAACAAGACCCAAGCGGUCCAAUACGCUUCAAGUCUUGUAACUACUCACCAGUGAAGUAGCCAACCUUAUGCCGACCAUCGUCGACAGUUGAGAAAUUCUAGACCACCUCGCAUACACAAGACGCCUAGAUCGCCACGAACUCUCAACCACCGCGCAACGAAAGCCGGCCAACCAGAAACCCACACAGUCCUACAGGAAUACAACGGGUACACACUCGGCGUUGUGUUGUCAGAUCACUUCUGCCAAUCUAUUUUCCAUCCACCCUUGCCAGUAUCUCUACCCUCAGCCAUAUUGCCUUUGCCACUUGGAUCAUUAUCCCAGUCUCAAGAACACCGAAAGAUUACCAAAUCCAGUAACCUAGUUCGAACUGGAGCUUUGCAGCUUAUAAGUCAACAGCUCUCGAGCGAAAGACGGAGAUCCUUUCGACUUCGGCUUACUCGCUCCGGCUUCUUCAUACGGGUACCGAAGAGUCACUCUGAACAACCUUGAGGUUGACCAGAAGAGAAAAGACGUGACCAAUCAUCCACGUUCAUCCAAAUAUUACACCAAAACUUGCCGCGACCAGCAAUAGCACGGGAGGCGCAAGCCACCACCACACCUCACCACUCGCUCCCAAGUAUCUUUUUCCCGCACCCUCCAGGUUGUGUUCGCUCUUCAUUCCCGUUGCCCACUCACUCACCGCCCGGGGUCUUGUUACUCGCUACAUACCCUGCUACCAAACUAUCCAGGUCAUAGACACUUCCGCGCCGUCUGAAGAGCCCUCAAUCGUCCCUCCCGCUCCCCCACCCUCCUCCAUUGCUCGUUCUUCCUCCGCUUCACACUCCUACCGCCCAUCUCCGUUCUUAGGCUGCUACCCUCUUACCUCAGCUUCCAAUUUUUGCGAGUAACCAAGCAAGGAAACAAGGCAACUACAGUACCGGCACUGGACCGCACUUAAGCACACCAACCUUGGUGGUCCUCCUUGCUAGUUGGUGCUUCAACUAUUGUCAGGCAAACCUCCCUCGCCGCUCCCUUUGCUCCGGCUUUCUCCCUGCAGAUUGUCACGAGCAAAGGGUGAUACCCAUACACAUUCCCAAUGUCGAGCCGACGAUCCAUCAACAUCACUGUCAAUAACCCAGGUCCUGCGUACUCCUCAACCACAUCAUCGAGCGGAUACGACUCAUCCCAGUACCAGUACGGGUACGGCCGCGACGACUCGGUAGUCGAUGACGAGGACGAUGAGGAGGUGACCGACGACGAGUCCACCGAAGACGACCAUUGGGAUGACCACUACGACGAAAUAGACCCUUCGGAUUCUGCCUCGGCGACCGCGGAGUACUAUCCUCACCCUCAUCACGGGCAUUCACCACUGCCUCCUCACUCUCCUCACUCUCGCUCUCACAGUACCCAUAGCGCUCGGAGUCCCCGACUACUAGAACGCAGCGAGUCUGCGUCGCGCCGGAAUCUAGUUUCCUCAGGGAGACAAUCUUACUCUUAUCGCGCCCCGACGGCACCUCCUCCGAUGGAGUCGGAGUACGGGGACGAGUUUGGAGGGUACGGUGGGCGCGGCCAUGGACAUCACUCACAACCCGGCUAUUAUGGCCGUGGCGCGGGUCACAGCGCCUACGCUCCUAGCCAUGCUGGAUAUGUGCCUAGCCACUUCGGAAACCAGAUGGUACCCUAUGACUACAAUAACCCAUUCGCCCCCUCUCCCAUGAACGACACCCUCGCCAGAACCAGACGCGGUGGUGGUGGCGGCGAUGACUACUUUGGCGGCCACGACCCGCGUGGACAUAACCCGCGCGGCCAUCUCUACGACAUGAUGCCCUACGGAGGAGGAGGAGGACCAGGCGCCGCCGCCGGCGCUCUCGGUUACUACGGUGCCGGAGGCGGCUUCGGUACCCCCGGGCCCAGCCACAUGGCCGGGCUCAUGUUCCAACCCCCUCCACCACCACCCACCGAACACCCGGGCAAGUCACCAACCCCGGCGCCCGAGAAGAAGCCCGACCCAGAAAUGGAAGCUCUCAAGAAGCAACUAGAGGAGUUUCAACUUGAGAAGAAGCGCAAAGAAGAAGAGGAAAAGAAUCGCGAGAUUGAGCGCAAGAUUCGCGAAAAAGCGGAGGAGGAGCUGCGCAAGAAGCAGGAAGAGGACCGCAAACGCGCCGAAGAGGAGAAGAAGCGCCAAGAGGAGCAGAACGCUGAGAUGGAACGGGCGGUCAAGGAGGCGCAGCGGGCGGCGGAGGAGAAGGCCGCUCAGGCGCGCAAGGAAGAGGAAGAGAGGCAGAGGAAACACGCCGAAGCGCUGGCCGAGGCUCAGAGAAAGGCAAGAGCUGAGUUUGAGGCUGAGCUUAAGGCUGCUGAGGAACGGCGCAAGCGCGAGGAGGAGGCUGCCAAGAUCGCUGCUGAGCUUGAAAAGCAGAGGAUUGAAGCGGCUGUGAGGGCAAAGGAGGAAGAGCUCAAGAAGAAGCAUGCCGAGGAAGAGCUGCAGCGGAUUGCGGCCGAGAAGAAGGCGGCGGAGGAGGCCGCGGAGAGGAAACGGCUGGAGGAUGAAGCCAAAGCGAGGCUGGACCGGGCGCUUAAGGAGACCGAGGAAAAGAUCGCUGCCGCCAUCCGAGCCGACCGAGAGAAGGCGGCCGAGGAAGCAGCCAAGAAGGCGGCCGAAGAAGCCGAGAAGGCGCGCAAGCAGAAGGAGUUUGAGGAGUGGCAGAAGCACCUCGAGGCCGAGGCCAAGCUCAAGGCCGAGAUCGAAGCCCGCGAGCGGAUGGAAAAAGAAAGAGCGGAAGCUGCGAAAGCCGCGGCCGCAGAAGAGGAGCGCAAGAAGGCGGAGGAGGCACUGCGUAAGCGGCUCCUGGACGAGGCCGAGAACAAGGCCCGGGAAGCUGCCGAGAAGGCCAAGGCCGCCGAAGAAGAGAAAAAGGCUGCCGAAGAGGCGCUCAAGAAGAAGAUCUUGGCCGAGGAGGCGGCCAAGAAGAAGGAGGAGGAGGAGGCUGAACAGAAGAAAGAUAAGGCCCCCAUCAGAUUUAAGGACGCUGUAGGCCGCAAGUUCAGUUUUCCCUUCCGUCUGUGCCAGACGUGGCAGGGUAUGGAAGAACUCAUCAAACAAGCCUUCCUCCACGUCGACGUCAUCGGCCCCCACGUUCAAGAAGGCCACUACGACCUGAUCGGCCCCGACGGCGAGGUAAUCCUCCCGUCCGUUUGGGAGCGUGUCAUCGAGCCGGACUGGCAAAUCACCAUGCAGAUGUGGCCCAUGGACAAAGCGCCCCUCCGCAACCAGAUGCCUCCCGGUGCUUUACCCCCGGGCUUCGGCGCCGGUGCCCCCGGUGGUCACGGAAUGGGUGGGUGGUCUCCCCGGCCAAGGCCGUCCCAUGUUCCCCGGCGCCCCACCCGCUUCUCGUAUGCCACCCGGCAUCUCGGACGCACACGGGCACAGAAUGGCGCACGACAUGUUCCCUCCCGGGCAGCCUGUCCGUCCGCCUAUGGGAAUGCCUCCUGGUAUGGGUAUGGGCAUGGGUGGUGGUGGUGGAGGAGGAGGUAUCCCGCCCCCGCCCCCGCCUGGCUGGCCUCCUAGUGGCAGUAGACACGCCGCUGCGCCGCCGCCGAGACCCGCGGCCAUCGUGGUCGAUGUUGAACCCGAAGUCAGGCAGCACAGGUCGAAGCAUUCGUCGAGCCACAGCAGAAAGGAGACGAAGGCGACGGUGCUGGGGUGGAUGGCGGGCGGGAAGCCGGUGAAGAGUAGUAGUAGUAAGAAGAAGAAGCACUAAGCGAGUCCAUUGGGCGAAGACGCCGGAGUCAUCGAUGAUUUAAAGGGUGUGUAUGGGUGAUCGACUACGACACCCAUUCGGCUCUUAAACCCUCCACGCUGGUUGAUUCAAAGAGCCGAUCUACACCUCCCUUUCUUUUUCAUCGUCGCUUUUUUUGGUGUUUGUUUGUUUUGGCUUUUGAUACCUCUUUCUCUGCUUGAUCUGGCUUUUGACAUUGUUUUUUUGUUUAUUCUUUUGGCGGAUACAGAGGCGUUCCUUUAGGGGGGGCUUUCUAACGCGCUUUGCCUCGUUUACAAAAUCUUAUGACGAAAAAGUAGUGCAAUGGGAUGAUGCGUGAUGAUGGAUGAGAAAUGGACAAGUAAUGUAGUUGAUGCCAUGUGAUUCAUGGUACGAGAUCAUGUGUGGAUGACUAUGUAUACGUUACGCCAGGGUAGGGGAAGAGAUGUCGAUGUGGGUGUGGAGAUGGACGGGGACGUUGAUUGACGAGGAAGGGGGUGGUUCGAUGUUGAUUGGCAUAGGUUUUGGUUUGCAAUACAUCAGUACUUGGGAG